GAGGGGUGAGAGGCUCAGAGCUUGAGAGAGAGAGCGCAAGAGAGGAAGCAAAUCCAAUGAGAGAAAGAAAGAGAGUUAAAGAGAAAUACAUACAGCAUCGGAGGGAGAUUGAGGGAGCGAGAUAGAGAGAGCUUCACAUGAGAGAGACAACAAAGACACAGACAGAAAGUCAGAUAGAGAGAGAGAGAUUGUGUGUAGUAGUGCAGCGCUGUGCUGGUCUACUCGGUAAUCUGUCUCCAUCUGGGUGCCAUCUGUGUCUCUGGCUCUGGCCUUCGCCACACUGGAGCUCACAUAUGUGGGAAUGCAAACACAUGCCUGACAUAUGAAGGCGUGGAGUCACAGAAGAAGAGACAAAAAGGAAAAGGAUAAGAAAGCGAAAAACCCCGGCCGACACAGCUGACUUUCUCUAAAAAGGACUGAAGAGUGGACUCUACUAGAGUGGAGACAGUAGAGAGAAGAAGAGCCCUGCCAUGCCCGGUUCUCCUGUGGAUGCUAAGACUCAUUCCAGAUCAGCCCCCAGCAGCAGCAGCGCCAGCUCCACCAUGCCACCCCUGCCCUCCGUCAACCCCAGCGGCCCUCGCCCGGCCUCCUUCUCCACCACAGCAUUGACCAACGGGAAUCACCAUUCCCCACCGACCCUGAACGCAGUGCCGUCUCCGCCGCAGCGCUACAGCAACGGGCCGUCCUCCUCCUCUUCCUCGUCGCUGGCGAACCAGCAGCUGCCGGCCACCUGUGGGGCUCGCCAGCUGAGCAAGCUGAAGCGUUUCCUGACCACGCUGCAGCAGUUUGGCAACGACAUCUCUCCCGAGAUCGGAGACAGCGUCCGAAGCCUGGUCCUGGCCCUCGUGAAUUCGACAGUUACCAUCGAGGAGUUCCAUUCGCGGCUUCAGGAGGCCACCAACUUCCCCUUACGGCCCUUUGUUAUUCCUUUUCUCAAGGCAAACCUUCCCCUUCUGCAGAGGGAGCUCCUCCACUGCGCACGGGCAGCCAAGCAGACCCCAGCCCAGUACUUGUCCCAGCAUGAGCAUCUCCUGCUGAGCACCACCAUGGCCUCCUCUCCAGACUCCUCCGAGCUGCUGAUGGAGCCUCCGGAGUCCAUCGCCACCAAGAGACACAGCCCCAACAGAGCUAAAGAAAACGGUUUCCACGAACGUCCGCCCGCGGCCCUGGAGCCCGCCGCCAAACGAAUCUGCACCAUCAGCCCGGCCCCCCGACACAGCCCCGCGCACCCGCUGCCCCUCAGCGCCCAGCUCCACCCGACCCCUCCGCCCCUGCAGCACUACGCCCUGGACGACAUCGCAGCGCCGCACAUCCUGCACCGCGAGCACAGCCAGCGCAUGUUGGAGAUCCGCGAGCUCAAAGACAGGCCCAGGCUCCCUGGCACUAACGGGGGCUACCGCGAGGAGCCGGUGGACCACAGGCUGACAGACAGAGAGUGGGCUGAUGAAUGGAGGCAUCUGGACCAUGUGUUGAACUGCAUUGUGGACAUGGUGGAAAAGACACGGAGGUCGGUGAGCGUGCUCAGGCGAUGCCAGGAGUCAGAUCGCGAAGAGCUCAACUACUGGAGACGGCGUUCGAGCGAGCAGGAGGACCCACGCAAAGGAGGCUCAGGCUCCGCUCCGUUCUCCAAGACACACAGCCCCCACUCUGCAGAGCCUGCAGACUCCCAGCGCGACUUUGCUCCGCGGCCAGGCUCAGCAUACGUUACAGAUGAGAUCUGGAGGAAAGCUGAAGAAGCGGUGAAUGAGGUCAAACGUCAGGCCAUGGAUGAGGUCCAGAAGGCCGUGGCGGAGGCCGAACAGAAGGCUUUUGAAAUGAUCGCUUCUGAGAGGGCUAAGAUGGAGAAGACUCUGGUCGAUGCGAAGAAGAAGGCUAAAGAGGACGCCAUCCUGGUCAUCAACGAACAGGAGGAUUCCAGCGAGUGUUGCUGGAAUUGUGGCCGCAAAGCCAGCGAGACGUGCAGCGGCUGCAACGCCGCUCGCUACUGUGGCUCCUUCUGCCAGCACAAAGACUGGGAGAGGCAUCACCUCAUCUGCAGCCCAGGACUUCAGGCUCAACCCAAACCAGUUUCCGCCAUCACUGCGAGCAGGGCAGCUGCCACGGCGGCGGCGGCGGCAGCAGCAGCAGCCGGGGUGUCUCCCGUCGGUCUGGCCGGGGUCAAGGCCCCCGACAGCAUUCCUUCAGCGUCCAGUCCUGGUGGAGAGAAAGCAUCGGUCGCCUCUCGCUCCUCCACCCCUUCCACCCCCGCCUCGGCCCCCGAGACCAACGGACACUGAGGAGGCGAAAGACAUCAGCGGUGAACGUGUCGCCUAUCCUUUUUUUUCCUUACUGGGGAACAAUCAGCAGCAAGAGGGAACUAUUUGUGGGUUAAGUUAGGAUAACAGAUUUUUCAUCAUACUCUUUUUGGCAGGAAAAAAGGACAGAUUAUGGAUGACUGUUUGAGUGAUAUGUCAACUGGGACUUUGGCUUUGGCAAAGAACAGAAGGACUCGUCUCGAACGCAUCUAUUGGAUGAACAGAUCUCCCUAACAGAUGGAAACGUGUUUGUCUUCGUCCAAAAAACCCCAAAAUCUUGGAUCUGCGAGGGGCGGAAAAAAAACUGCCAGUUUAUCUCUGGAAGUUAUGAAAGGAAGGCAUAUGAGAAAAGACAGAGAAGAUUGAAGACGCCUCCCCCUCUCAAACCAAUAUUCUCACUUUGUUGUGUAUAGAAUUAAGAUGAUAAGGAGGGGGUGCUGGAAAAUGUAAACAGUGUAAUAGUACCAGCCAUAAAGCAUCCGUCUUCGUCCUGUAGGAAAAGAGUCGUCUCUGCAGUUCCUUCCUGUACAUAUAAAUAUUUUGCUCGCCAACUUCUCGUCAGGUUUUCAUACGUGUGAAUGUGUGUCAAACGGUCGUGCCGUCAGUGAAUAUUGUACAGCAUAAUGAUAACUUUUGUCGAAGCAAUAUUAAAAGUGGAGUGUUCAGGUAUCUCAAGCCGUUUCUGCAUCACCAAAGUCGCUAAAGAUGAGAGAGUCGUCGCCUGUAAAUGUCCUCGUGAACAAGAGAUAAUUAUACACUAACCUUACAUCAUAUCUACUUUUAUAAAACUCUGGUCGCUAUUUUUCAUUUCUGAUCGUCAGACAUCUUCAAAAGAACAGAGAGAGUUGAUGGUGAUUGGAUCAAGUCAGCGCAGGAAGAUGAAGUUAAAAGACUUUAUUCUGGUUGCGGUUUCUUUUUUGGCACUUGUUCGCGUCACCGGUUGCGUGAGGCGGGGUCGGAUGUUGCUCCAAAUCUUCCACCACUGCAAUAUUUGCGUCAGGUAGUUUGUAAUACAGCUUUUCAAAAACAGUUUUUCCACAAAAAAGGAGAUUUAUGACAAUAAAAUCUUUGGAAUUAUCAUAAAGGGAGCUAAUCCUGAACGGUGCUCUCGUUACCGCGGUGCAGGUUUAGAGCAGCGACUCCGUCCCACAGAGAAUCUCAGGAGGCAGCUAAACUGUAUUUCUAUGUACAGAUUGUUCUGUUCUUUUUUUCUUUUGUCGCAGUUAGGUUCAAGAUUUAUCGUACUCUGCUGUUACAACUGAGACAUUGUUCUUGUUUUUUUGUUCGUUGUAAGAUGACUUUGUAAAGAAUAUCAUGAGAGAAUGCCUUUAUUUUGUGAGCCACGACUUUCUUUGUUCCUUUAACACAUUCUUUUGUUAUGAGGCAUCACUUCAUAUGAAAAAAAGAUAUCUUGACAUGAAGUAUGAAAUAAAGAAAUAGAAUUACUUCAAAA